ACAUAUCACAAAACACGGUUUUAAAUAUAAAAAGAGGAUUUACUGGUUUGUUUAAUCACCAAUUUGAAUGAAACACGCGUAAUAACUCGCGUAAUAAUAGCAGCGCUCCUGAGAACGCUGUUUGUUUCUCAUCGGCGCGGGACCUCAUGACGUCACUUCCUGUUGCCGGUUCUGUAGAUCAUCAUCAUCAUCAUCAGAUGAUGAUGAAGACUCGGGAGGUGUUGGAGGAUGCUGUGGGCAGACGUGUGAGCUGUGAUGGAGAGAGAGGAACUGUCCGUUAUGUUGGUCCAGUUCUUCCCACCACAGGACUGUGGUUGGGAGUGGAGUGGGAUGAUCCAGAGAGAGGAAAACACGACGGGAGUCAUGAAGGAGUGCGAUACUUCACCUGCAGACACCCGACGGGCGGCUCGUUCGUUCGGCCCAAGAAGGCCAGCUUCGGUGUGGAUUACGUGACGGCUCUGAAGCAGCGCUACGAGGUGGAGCUACAGGAGGUUAUCGGAGAAGAGCUGAAGAUCUCCAGCAAAACCGUGAUGAUGGUCGGCUUCGAGGACAUCAAGCAGAAACAGAGGCUGGAGAACCUGACAGAAGUCGGUCUGAGGAGAUGCGAGGUGUCUGGUCCAGGUGCAGAGAACGAGAUCAGAAACACCACACCACUGGCUCAGUCUCUGGAUCUUUCUGGAAACCUGCUGAGCUCAUGGGAGGUGCUGGCGGCGAUCACCGAGCAGCUGGAGUCUCUGAGGGAGCUACAGCUCAGUCAAAACAGAUUGAGCAUCUCCAGUGAGCCGAGCCGUUUAAGCCCCGCCUUCUCCUGUCUGAGACUGCUGUCACUCAACAGCUGCGCGCUCACCUGGACUCAGGUUCUCCACUGCGCCCCCAUGUGGCAGCACUUAGAGGAACUUUAUCUCUCUGACAAUGACAUCACAGAAUUACUCAGACCAGAACAUGUGCUGCAGACGUUAAAGGUUCUGGAUUUAUCCAAUAACCAUAUAGUCCAGGAGACAGUGCUGGAAAUCACACACUUACCCUGUCUGGAGAAGCUGAAUCUGUCCAGCAGCGGUUUAUCUGUCAUUCAGUUCAGAGAUGCUUCAGCAGGGAAUAAGACAGCUUCGUUUCCUGCGCUGAAGACACUUUUACUAGACGACAACAACGUUUCAGAGUGGUGUGUGGUGAACGAGCUGGAGAAGCUGCCGUCUCUGCUUCAUCUGUCCUGCCGGAGGAAUCCUCUGCUGCAGAGAGAGAAGAACCCGGAGACCGUGAGACAGAUCAUCAUCGCACGACUGAGCGGCCUGGAGCAGCUCGACAUGAGACAGGUGCUGUCGGAUGAGAGGAGGGGUGCGGAGCUGGAUUACUGUAAGAUGUUUGGAUUGGCUUGGCUGAAGGCCGGAGGUCACAGGGACCCGGAGAAGAAUCACCCAAACACAGAGUUCAUGAGCGAACACCCACGAUUCCUUGCACUCCUCCAGAAGUACGGCGCUCCAGAGGAGGGCGAGCUGAAAGAACAGAAACCCUUUGCGCUAAAAAAUCAACUAUUAACUAUAACAUUCGUUUGUCCGGAGGAUUCGGAGAGGAAGCCCAUUGAGAAGAAGCUGCCAGGCUCGAUGAUCGUUCAGAAGGUGAAGGGGCUUCUACAUCGACUGCUUAAAUUACCAGGAAUGGAAUUAAAGCUCAGCUACACAUGCUCCAAGAUGUCCGGCAGAGAGAUCGAGAUCGAUAACGAUCUGAAGCCGCUGGAGUUUUACUCGGUGGAGGACGGCGACAGAAUUCUGGUGCGCUGGUCCUGAUGAAACCGCCGGGAAUUGUGGGACAUUCGAGCCUUGCAAACUGACCAUCACUUCAGGAUCAGAAAUCGUCUUACAUUUGUAUUUACAAUUAUCACGCAACAUUAUUCCUCCAGAAAACAAAGCAUUUCCAAACUCGUAUUGUAAAUCAUAAUCUAUUUAUUUACUAGUUCAUUUGGAUCCUUUGUCUGUGGGAAUAAUUCUGGAUGCUUUAAUGCCUGUGCGAAAAAUUACAGUCUCUCACCAGUAGAUGGCACUAAACGACGUGUCUUGAGCAAAUAUUCCAGAAAGACACAUUAUUAAAUCACGUCAAUCUCAUAGAGAAAUGUACAGGUCAAAUGUCACCCCAGUAACAAUGUUUGUUUUACACAUUCAAAUAAAAUAAAAUAAAAUUCAGUACAUCGUUACGGCAAAACUGUACUUUCACCUGACGUUUAAAUUAUAAAGUACAUUUGUACAGUAGGCAACUGAAAAUUGCUUGAAUGUGCUUAACUGUCUUUAAAAAAUAUGUCUUGAUGCUAAUAAUAAAAUUAUAGCCUUUGGAAUUUUUUUUUUACUAGUAUUUUCCUGAUAUUAUUCAUGAAAUGUAACUACAUAUUAAAUAAAAACAGUAAUUUUGUUUGCAAA